AGAAAAACCCGCGUUCGGCGUUCUGGACCCUGAUCCUGACCCGACUAAAACCUCAUCUCUGCGUUGGUCUUCAAUUCCGAAUUAUUCUUCUUCGUUCCCUCUAAGGAAGUGGGAAGAGAUGGAAAAUGGAGGAGGAAAUUUAGAGAGUAAAUUUUCGGGUUUGGCUUUACGAGAUUCCACCAACGGUGAUGGGCUGGCCCAGGUCAUGAAAGCUGUUGAAGCAGCUGAAGCCACCAUUAAACAACAGGUGGAGGAGAAUGAUUGGUUGAGAUCUGAACUGCAAGAAAAGAUUCAGGAACUUGAAAAAUUUAAAUCAGGUGAACCGACAAUUGGGAAUUUUCAUUCUGUGGAACAGUGGGAUGGUCAUCCUGGAGCUUUUGAAUCAAGUUUGCAUUCUGGAGAUCAGACUGAUGGUCCUAGAAACACGAAUAGCAGUAUAGGCCCUGGUUUACCUAAUAAUGUUGUUCAAAAUUAUACAAACUCCACUAUGCAACAUGCAGAGAGCAGCUCCGAUUAUGGCAAAGUCAAUAGUACAGAAAGAGUGACUUUUACUGGGGUUCAAACAACUUCUGAUGUUUCUGGCUUAUCUCAUUUCUCAUCACAUUCAAAAUCACCGUUUUCUCCUAGCAGGUAUCAAAUAGCAGGAGAGCAAGACAGGCAGCUUAACUUAUCUGGACAGGGCUUUAUGCCAAUGGCUGAAGUGAAUGAUUCUAACAGCACAAAGCAGGAUAUUGUUUUGAAGAUCCAGGCUCAUGAACAAGAGAUUUCCCAAUUGAGGAAACAUCUUGAAGAAUAUUCAAUCAAAGAAGAACAAAUAAGCAAUGAGAAAUAUGUUCUGGAAAAGCGCAUUGCUUAUAUGCGCAUGGCCUUUGAUCAGCAGCAACAGGAUUUGGUAGAUGCUGCAUCUAAAGCAAUAUCUUAUAGACAAGACAUAAUUGAAGAGAAUAUACACCUUACAUAUUUAUUGCAGGCUGCACAACAAGAGAGAUCAACAUUUAUAUCAUCUUUAUUACCACUCCUUGCAGAAUAUUACCUUCAGCCACCUGUACCUGAUGCUCAGUCAAUUGUCAGUAAUGUAAAGAUUCUUUUUAGACAUCUGCAGGAGAAGCUUUUAGUUACUGAGGCAAAGCUGAAGGAGUCUCAGUACCAAAUGACCCCUUGGCCCUCUGAUGUUAACUCGAAUUUUGCUCAGUCACCUUCUGAUUUUAGUGCGAUAAGAGAUGGACUUGAACUGGUACCACAACAAGGAUACACUAAUGAAAAGGCACCUAUUCUUUCAGACCCACAGACAAGUAGAGAUUGGGAUUCAUUGGGACAUCCCCAGGUUGAUAGUACUGGUGAUUUAACAAAAAAUGUGAUGGGUGAUGAGUUGGGGAGAUAUUCACCUCUUGCAAGCAGGAAUACCAUAUCACAAGAUUUAUCUGCUCAGCAUGCAGUAAGCCAGGAUGAUUCUCUUUCCAAAUCAAGAAGCGAAGAAAUACCAAAUAAACAAGUAAAAUUUAGGGAUCAUAUCAGCAAUAAUGAGAUGGAUGAUUAUGAUAUGGAGAGACUCCAAAAUGGUAGAGAGCCUUCAGUCAGUUGGCACUCUAAAAGCUCUCCUUAUACAAAUCCCCUUGAGGAUCUGAACCCUCACUCCCCAUAUUUACCCCCUGUUAUGGAGGAACCUGCAUCCUCUUUCUCAGAAGUUGCAGAUGAUGAACCUUUACCUGCAGUUGAGGGUCUUCAAAUUUCAGGUGAAGCAUUUCCCGGACAGGAACUUAAGGCUUCUGGGUACUCUAUUAAUGGCACAACCAGUUGCAAUUUUGAGUGGGUACGACAUAUGGAAGAUGGAUCUUUUAACUAUAUUCUUGGUGCAAAGCAACCCACGUAUCUUGUUACUGCUGAUGAUGUUGAUACAUAUCUUGCCAUUGAAGUUCAGCCACUGGAUAAUAGGAAGCGCAAGGGUGAAUUGGUGAAGGUCUUUGCUAAUGACCAUAUGAAGAUUAGUUGUGUUCCAGAAAUGCACAAGUGCAUACAGAGAACACUUUCUAGUGGUCAUGCUUCAUAUAAACUGUUCCUAUGGACAGGAUAUCUUGAUAUAUGGGAGCCAGCUACCUUGUCCAUAAAGAGGGAUGGUUUUAGCAUCAAGUGUAGUGGUCCUAAUGCUGUUGCUGCAACUGAGAAAUUUUCACUAUCUAUAAAUGUUUCUAUUCCAUACGGAAGUCCUACAGAAUUUGUAAUAACUGAUAGUUUGGGAGAUGACCGUCGUCUCAAGGCAGGGAAUGAUCCGUCCGAUAUUAGCUGUUCCAGGGAUACAAUUGUUCUCACUAUGAGAUUGUUCAUUGUCAAGGCUGGUGAGAAGAAGAAAAGUAGGAAACGGGGCUUGUUCUUUAAGUGAGGAUGAUUCUUUCCAAUCACAGAAAAGUGUGUAGUGCGUAUUGAAUGCGGGCUUGUAGUUACCAGCAGCAUUCUUAGAGGAAUCAAUCUUCAUAUGUUAGUGUCUUAUUGACAAGGUGAUGCCAUUUUGCUCUACGCAUCCGCCCGCCCACUCCCAAAAAAAAAAAGAAAGAAAGAAAGAAAGAAAAAAAAAAACUCAGAGGGGAGUAAAAUGUAUAGUGUUACCAGUGUAUAUUGGUACAGAAUUGUGUUCAAGAUUCUUGAAAAUGCAUUAAGUUUGGUUAAA